CUCGUUCUCACUGCUUGCCUCGGAACUUUCCCGAGCUCUGUGCCCUCUUCAGCUUCACCCUCCAAGGCGACCGAUCAUGGAGCUCGCGGUGUUCGACACUGACCCCACCCUCUACCUCUUUACCUCGCUCACUGCGGGGUCCUCCCAUAUCGUUACCGCGACUUCACGUAUUGAGACGAUCUUGAAGGCGAAUAAUAUCCCAUUCACGUACAAGGACACCGCGACAGAUGAUUUGGCACGGAAGCUGUUUCAGAGGAGGGCUAUGGGGAAGAAGCUCCCGAUGCUAGUGCAGGGGGGUUACGUUAUUGCUGACCUUGAGGAGGUCGAAGAAUGGAACGAAUACGGUGAGCUUCACGACAACAUCAAGGUCGUCGCUGCUGCUCCCAUGACCACAAAACCUGUCCCUGGCGCAUCCUCUGCCCCCACGCCCACUGCUCAAGCCCCCGCCAAGCAGGAGAACAAGGACCCGGCCGCUGCCCUCGCCAUGCGCACCCUCAGCGCUGAGGCCGCAGCUAAGGGCGCCGCGAAGAAACCCAUACCUAUCAACAUCGCUACCACCAAUCCGCUGAUGACGGAGAAGGUGAACACUCCCACAACACCGUCGAAGGCCGCUGCGGCUAGUGGCAUUCUGAGCCCGAAGUCGGUGCCGCUGCCCGCAACCCCUACCGCUGGGGCUACAAAAAAAGAGGCAGUCAAGGAUACUGAGAAGGCGGAUACCAGCAAGUCUGCUGAGACGAAGGGUGCUGUUCCAGCUCCUGAGAAGAAGGAUACCAGCAAGUCUGCUGAGAAGAAGGAAACUGCCAAGUCGGCUGUAAAGAAGAAUACUGCCAAGUCGGCUGUAAAGAAGAAUACCACCAAGUCUGCUGUGAGGAAGGUUGCCGCCAGGUCUGUUGUGAAGAAGACUGCCGCCAAGCCUGUUGAGAAGAAGGCUACCGCCAAGUCGGCUCAGAAAAAGGAUACUACUAAGUCUGCUGAGAAAAAGGAAGAGAAGCCAGGCGACUCGGAGAAGGCUAUACCAGGCCUAGCUAAACCCGGGGACAACAAGUACAAGUCUGAUGCGCCGCCCAAGGAAAUUGCUACUGGCGGAGUCCCCGAAGCGCCCGUGGCUGUGUUGCAACAUCGUGGGUCGAAUGUGGGAGAGGCGAGCCAGGAAGAGAUUAAGGCGAUUGAGGACAGCCAGGCGAUCAAGGAGGAGGACGAUGAAGACGAGGAGAGUGAGGAUGAGGAGAGCGAGGAAGAUAGCGAAGAGGAAGAGAGCGAGGAAGAAGAAAGCAGUGAAGAUGAGACAGACGAGGAGGCGGGUGACCCCGGACCGGAUGUGAUGAGCACAUUGAGCCCACUUUACAGGAGGCCGAAACCGGAGCAUCUCGAAGAAAAGGUAGUGACACCCAUCAAGAAAGAGGAAAGUAGUAAAAAAGAGAGUAGCGAAGAGGAGAGUAGUGAAGAGGAUGAAGACGGCGAGGAUGACGCUGACGAGGAUGACGAAGAUGACGACGACGACGACUCUUCAGAGGAGGAUGAGAGCGAAGAAGAAGCUCCAACCGCCUCAAAGGCUCCUGCCGCAAAGAAGCCGGAGUCGAGCGCGAAGGCUGGAGAAAAGUCUGUUGUCAGCGCAAAAGCUAACGAGAAGGUUUCACAGGAAAAAGAGUCGAAGACUCAAGCUCAGAGUGCGAAGGCGGGAGACAAGGCAGGCGUAAGUGUCGAGGAUUGAAGUAUCUUACUGGACAGUUGGAGGAACCCAUUUAACAGUGUUGAGGAUAGGAUUCGCAGGGCAAGG